AUGCUGACUCUACAGCCUAACAAUUACGUGCUCGAGGAAGUUACUCGGGAUGAUAUCAUCCUAGCCUCGCUGGCUUGGGGGUUCACCCUGGGCAUCGGCUGGCUAACGGCCUGGGCCGCAUGCAAGCAGACAAUGGGUAUCUACAAACGUCAUGGCUGGAGGAUCCUGAAAAACCCCUACUUCUGGAUGAUUUGGGGCGAGAUCGCCGUGUGCUUGGGCUUUGGCAUCAUUUGCUUCAUGUACCUGCUGGGUACUAUCUCGCCGAGCUUCGCCUUCUACUUUUGCAUCCUCACCCUUUGGGCGCUCCAGGUACAGUUCCUCCUGCAGAUCAUCAUCAACCGCUGCGCCAUCCUCAUCACCGACCGCCGCUGGUCGUGGCGUCUCAAGUACGGCGUCGCGGCCCUCAUCACAAGCAUCAAUAUUUCCGUCUACUGCAUCUGGAUCCCCGCGCGCCUCCAGAUCAGCGAAUCGUACAUCCACACGAACGAGUGGUGGGACCGCUGCGAGAAGGGAAUCUAUCUCGUUGUCGACGCCGCCCUCAACAUCUACUUUAUCCGCAUUGUCCAGCAGAACUUGGUACAGCACGGCUUGACCAAGUACCGAGGCGUCGUGCGCUUCAACAUGUUCAUCAUCACCUUCUCCCUCGGCAUGGACGUGUUGAUUAUUGCCAUGAUGAGCCUAAAGAACACUUUUGUAUACAUGCAGUUCCACCCUCUUGCAUACAUUGUCAAGUUGAAGAUCGAACUCUCCAUGGCCGAGCUGAUUGCGAAGAUUGCCAAGAACCGCGACCCCAGCCAGAUGGAUGGUGGCCAGCAGGCCGACUUCCACGCACACUCGAGUUCGCGUGGUGGCGUCACGUCCAAGGGCGCCGGCACCGUGCUCAGCGGCAACCGCGAUGGCGAAAGCAAGAACCGCGCCUGGGCUACUGUUACCACCACAGUUGAGAUGAAUACAAUGGAUGCCAACGGUCGAAAGGUCGACGGCAGGGGCGGCACCACGGGCUACAACCACAGCGACACGGAGACUCUUAUCGACCCGCGGGCGCCAUUCUCCGGGAACGCGACCUGCAGCAGUGGCGUCGAGGGAGGGGCGUCCCAGGACAGGAUAGAUCACAAGGGAGGAGAGUCCAUAAGCAGCUUCAACUCGGGUAGCAACGAGGUGCACAGUUAG